CUCUGAUUAUAUUUGACUGUGUUUGGUUGGUUCUCGUUGCAUUUCAUGAGCUGGUCUGUGUUUUCUUCAUUUCUUUCUUUCUUUCUUUGUUAAUCGUACUUAAUCCUUCUAGAUCUCUGUCUGUUUGCAUUUACUUCUUAUUACCGCUGCAUCUUCAUUCUAUCUGUUUUCAUCCUCAAUCUUAAUCCCACAAUUACUGGUUUUCUUUCCAUAUUUCUACAUUUCGAUACUUUGAUACUUUCAAAAUGGUCUUUAAACCCUUUGCCAACUUUUCACGAAAUUCUUCUACGUUGAGAAACUCCUCAUCAACUAUAAAGAAAACCCCAUCUUUUUUUGACUCAACUUUCCACUUGAAAAAUUAUAACCAAUUAACGAAUAAUGAUUUAUUCACCUCCAAUAACAUCAAAAUCAAUAACAUAAAGGUCAACUCGACCACCAAUAAUAACAAUAAGAACAACUACAACUACAACUCAAACUAUCCCAAGCACUCAACCAAUUUCUACAACUACUACUCGAUAUCCCUAGAUCACAUAUCGAGAUUGUCCUUGUUCAACCAAGUCAACAACAAUCUAUUAAAUAACAACAACUCCAAUAAUAACCAGAUUGAUGAACUACAAUCCUCAAACAGAUCCAUAAUUGAUAACGAAUUACUAAAGAUAAAACUCAAUAAUUCCAAUAAUAAUAAUCUCUCUAAAUAUAACUCCUCUUUGAUUCAUAAUAAUUUCAUUGACAAUAAUUUAUUGUUAAAUGACAAAUUGAAUCUUCUACCUAUAUUGAAUAAUAUAAAUCACAUCAGCAGCCAACUUGAAAAUGAAAAUGACAUCAAUAACAACACCCAAAUGAUUGUUGAUAACAGUUUUUCUAAUAAUUCUCAACUCGAUAACUCUCCAACUAUAUCUGAAUCUUUGUUUCAAGAUAAAGAGCCCAAUUUACAACAAACUGCUCAACAACAGAAUACAAUUAAUCAUACUUACAAUCAAAACAAUCUCAACACUAAUAACAAUAACAGCAAAAAUAACCGCAACAACCAUAACUUGAUAAAUAAAAAUAUUCUCAAUCUCAACUAUUUGAAUAUUCAAAAAACCAAUAAUAAUCUAUUUCUUAAUAAAAAUAACUCUAACUCUGCAAGCUAUAACAACAGCCCCCAAAAUAACAAUAACCCCCUUAAUAACGCCGCUUUUUUAUUGGACGAUUUCCAAUUGCUAAGCAUACCAAAGGAAAUAAAAUUUUCAAACUCAUUAGAUAAAUCCUUUCAUUCCUCUUUAAUUAAUGAAAUUAACACCUCAAUUCAAAAUUCAAAUUACUUGAAAAUUUACCCUAUAUAUCAAGUCAUAAAGAGAAAUAACUUGCCCAUAUCUUUAGAUCUUUACAAUCUAGUUCUACAAUCUUUAAUUAAAAGAAAUUUGACAUCCGAAACAAUUGAAGAAAAAUUAACUAAUUUAUUAAACGUUUACACAGAUUUAAUAUCUUCAAUUAAUAACUUUGAUUUAAAACCAAAUUCUAAAACUUACGAAUUGGUCUUAAAUGGUCUAUUAUCCGGCUCUUUAAACUCCUUUAAAUCUUCUUUAGACAUAAUCAACAACAACUCUAUAAACAUUAAAAAUAAUAACAAUAUAAUAGACAAUGGUAAUGACUACUUUAAAUUGGCUAUUGAUAUCUUCAUAGCUUCAAAUUUAAAACAUUUCCAUUAUUUUAAUCAACUAGUUUAUGACAAUUUGCUAAUUGGUAUUAAUUUAUUCAAUUACAAAUUUUCAUCAAUUGACCAAUUUAUAAGCUUUUUAAAUAUUCUAAAUAAUGCCAACUUAAACUCAAAUUUCGUUAAAUCAGAAAUUUAUUAUUUGUCAUUAAUUAAAUAUUUAUCAACUUUAAAUAACCUAUCACAAAAUGAUUUAAUUCGUUUAAAUAAUAUUCUUCAAAAUAUUGAUGUUGACAAUAAUAAUAAUAAUGAUAAUAAUAAUCCUCUCAACAAUAAUAUUGAUAACAAUAUUCCUUAUAACAUUCAAUUUAUCUUAAAUCUUUACAAUGAUUUCAAGAAAAAUUCAGUUAAUAAUCUCUCUUUAUUAAACCAUCAAUUUGAAAUAUAUUCUAUUUUAUUAAAUUCUUUAAUAAUUUCAAACCAAUUGAAUUUAUCAACUAAAAUUCUUGAUUCCAUUUUAUUAUCAAUAAAACAGAAAACUUUAUUGAAUUUAAACUAUACAACAAAUUUAAACCAAAAUUCAAACACAACCUUUAAUAUUGAUGAAAAAAACUUUAAAAAUUUAAACAAUGUCAUCAACUCCUAUAUCAUCUCUUUAAUUAACUUGAAUUUUGAAAAGGGUUACCAAAUUUUUGCUAAAUUUUUAAAAUUUAAUUUAAUUAAUAUUGAUAUUAAUGAUCCAAAUAAUUAUAAUAAUCAUAAUGAUAUCUUUUUAACUUUUUUAUCUAAUCUUAAUAAUAAAACUUCUAAUUUAGAUGUCAUUGACAACAUUUUUUUAAACUACAUUAAUAAUAAUAAUAAUUUAUUAUCAAAUUUUAAAUUUUUUGAUGAUACUAAUACUAAUACUAAUACUAAUACAAUUUCAAACUCUUCAAUGAGUAAUAUUUCUAAUUUAUCUAAUUUCUUAUUGCAUAACGACAACGAAGGAAAAAUCCAAUUAUUGAUGUCUUCCAUUUUUAAUAAUAUAACUUUUAAAAAUAACAAUUCAGUGAACAAUAAUUUGUCUAAUAUUAUAUCAAAUUAUUUGCUCUCAAUUUUAGAAAGAAAUAAAAAUGUGAUUGUUAAUGAAUUUUUAACUUUUGAUUAUGAUUUAGAAAAUGAGUACUUAUUUUUAUCUCACAAUUCUGAAUUAUUGAUUAAAAACUUGAACUUGAAUUCGUUUAUUAAAUUAAUCGAAUACAUGUUGAAGAACCCAUUAGUUUAUGAUUUUAAUCAAAUUUUAAUUGUUUUGAAUCAUUAUACUAAGUUCAAUGCUAAAUCCUCAUCAAAUGGCAUAAUAAUCAAUGAAUCGAAUAAUAAUGUUAAUAAUAUUGAUCCCAAUGAUAUCCUAUUGAAUUUGGUUUCAAAUAAAUUAUUUUUAAACCAAUUAAAACUUGGAAAUAAAUACAAUUUCCCAAAUUUCUUGGAUUCAUUUUUCUUCAAUUCAUGCAUCUCAAAUUUUGAUUUGCAGUCGUUUUAUUCAUUCAUUGAAAAUUCCAAUAAUAACAGUAUUGAAAAUAAUAAAUACUUUGGAGUAUUGAAUGUUUUUUAUGAAUAUUGGAAUCAUUCAACCUUUAGAAACAUGUUUGUUAAUAAGUUUAAUAAUCAAGUUGAUAAUAUUAAUGCCGUUGCUAAUGGCAAUGCCAGUGUCAAUGCCAAUACUAAUUUUAAUACCAAUACUGAUUUAGAAACUAAUAAACAUGAAUUAUUUCAAACAUUUUAUUUCCAUUCAAUUUUGAUUUAUGAAUUGUUUCAAAAUUUAGAUAAUUAUUAUCUUGAGUAUAAUAUCAAUUUAAAUUUUAAAGAAUCAUUGAAUAUUAUUCAAAAUUCUAAAGAUUGUGAUUUAUCAAAGAAUGAACAAAAUUUCAUUAUACAAUUUAAUUUUUUAAAUAAUUUUAAAAUCUUAUUAUUUGAUAAUUUUAAUAAGAUGCUCAAGGCUUAUAAUAUUAAAAAGGAAGAAUUUUGCAAAUUUUUCCAAGAUGAAAAUGUUGAUAAGUUGGAUUUUGCUACUGAUGUCAUAAAUACACUAUAA